AUGCUUUUGAACAAUUACGAUUACGAUGAGGAAUUCCCAGUGAUGACAACAUCGGAAAUCGAUAAAAAAUUCUGGGACUACUUUGACGGUGCUACGACAGUGAGUACCAACAUUACGGAGUCAGUUCUCCGUGAUCAAGGACCUGUUCUCGUGAUCUAUGGGAUCCUGCUCGCAGUGGGGGGUGUGGGGAACGUGGCGGUUCUCAUCAGCCUCGCCAGGUCCAGGAGAAGGAAGUCCAGAGUGGAUCUGCUGAUGACGCACCUCGCCCUCGCUGACGUCUGUGUGACGUGUGGAGUUAUACCGCUAGAGAAGACAGCGUGCCUCAGAAUUGUUUACAGACAAUCAGCGGCGUCAAUACGACUACACCAACCAAAACAACCACGAGAAUACGCUGCUGGCGACUCUGUAGAAGGCUUCGUGGAGUGCAGCAAAGCUGGACUCCGGCAUGCGGGAGCCCUGUUCUUCGCCGUGAUCUACCCUCUCCGGCUGCCGGUCGCGCGGCGCCGCAGCAAGCAAAUGCUAUUAUCGGCGUGGGCGAUCGCACUCGCCUGCAGCCUGCCGCAGCUGCGAGGAGGCUUUACAGAUACGGAAACAAGAUGA